AUGUCGACCGAGCUUUCACUCGAGAGACAGAAGCCUCAAUUAGUGUGUGACCUCUGUCAUUCCCGCAAGGUCCGGUGUGAUCGGCGCGAUCCAUGUGGCAAUUGCCAGGAUGCAGGCAUCUCCUGUAAUCGUCGGCGCGCUGUGAAGCGCAAAUGUCUAAGUAGUCGCCCCCAGGGUAGUCAGACCCGCAGCUCUUCCCACAGUUCCCGGCGAAGAGCGACACCUGAGCCUCAGUUUGGUGGGGGGAACUCGGCGAAUGAAGUCUUACCAGUCGUUCGCUCUGUCCCAAGUCGUCAUCUCAACGAUCCACGUGGGCACAAAACGGGGGUUGUAUAUGAUCCGGUCUACGAUGCGCAAAUAACGAUUCAACAUCAACUAUACCAUCUCCCGGGUCUCAGUCUAGACCGACGCAGCGUGCUCGAAACAGCUUUAUCGGUCAUAAAAGUACUGUCUGACAAUUCAAGAGCACUGGUACAAGACAAUCUUAACGAUCAUCAAGAGGAAGUUUACUCCCGAAGCCCGUCUAUUGAAUUCCUUACCUGGAUGUUGAAAGAUAUCCGGUCCAACAGAUUUGGGACUUUCGUUGUGGAUUAUCACAGACAUAUAUCAAUCCCAAAAUUGAAGCAGAUGGGACUUUCACUUCUUCGCAACAAAAUACCGACUCGCGAAUCCAUCAUCUACACCGUUUGCGUCAAUUCUGUUGCCUACAAGUUUAUCUCCACGGUUGUAAAUCUUGAAGAAGACGCCGACCUUGCCCUCGAGCUGAGGAAGAAUGCCAAAGAGUAUCGGGCAUCAGCUCAGGCCGCAUUAAAGCAGAUACCAUUGCUAAUAGCACCUUCUCUUGCGCUAUUACAGGCUAUCAUAUGUGGUAUAUUUCUCCACCAAGGGUCUGGAGACAUCGAUAUAAGUGGGGAGCUCACCAAGGCUGCCUGUAACACCUGCAUUGACUUGGAUCUUCGAACAAAAGUCUUAUGUGGAACUGCCAGCGAGGAAGAGCUUUUCUGUUUCCUUUGGUGCUACAUUUUGGACCGAAACCAUGCAUUCAAAUCACGAACUUCACGCUGCCUCCUCGAUGUUCAGCUACCCUCCACUUUCAACGAUCUUUAUCCAACUUACCCUCCGAUGGCCGAACAUUUCUUGAUUUAUCUGGAUCUGGCUCGGGUGCAAGAUGCGGUGGUUUCAUAUCUACCCCAUACCUCAUUGAAUCACCACAAUCCCUCCGUGCUAUAUGAUACUGGAGAAUACAUGCUGCUGCAGAUGCAAUAUAUCGAGCAAAGAAUGAACAACAUGGCAUUAUUAUCAUCUGAAUGGAAGGGACUCGACUUCCAACCCGAAAUGUCCGCCCUGAAAUUCGCCUAUCAAUCAGUCAUGACCGGAAUGCUCUACCUCCUCCAAUCCGAUCCUGGCCAACCAACCCGUUCAACAGGGAGCUAUCUUCAAUCAGCGCGCGAGGAACUUUUAGCACUUGUAUCCAUGUGUCACACGGCGGAGAAGCAAACCGCUGUCAACUUUUUGAACUGGACAAUUCUACUCUAUCCAGCGACAGCAUACCUUGUCCUAUUCUGCAACGUCGUCGCGACAUCCGACAUCGGCGAUUUCAACCUCAUGAAAGCUAUCGCUGAAUGCCUCACUCAAACUGGUAUCAGCUACCCGCUUGUUCAAUUACGAACACUGUACCAGAAAUUCCUGGGGAUUUCUCAGGAGUUUUUCAACGAUGAGCGCAAUGCGCUUCAGAUGAUCCCUUCGCCUCGGUUGGGAAGUCCGCUGUCUAACCCGGUUGGAAACCCGUUUGCGAUUACGUGGGGUGCAGAUGAUUUGGUUUUCAACCAGUUCAUUUUCACUGGUGCGGAAAACUUCUCUGGUAUGCUGAAUAUGCCAGAUAUUGAUCCAUCUCUGCCGUAUAGUUUUGAUUGA